GAUAAAGUCUUCCUUGGUGGUUCAGAUUUACACGAAGAGGGUGUUUGGAAAUGGCUAAAUGGCGAACCAGUAAAUCGCACCCUGUUCCUUCCAGGCGAACCAAAUGAUUUGAAUGGUGAAAAUUGCCUGAGUACAAGAAAAACUGGUUACAAUGAUGUAGGGUGUUUUCUAAAUUAUAAAUAUAUUUGCGAA